CGAUCUUGGUGGGCGCAAGGCAAAUGUGCGGCUCCGCAUCGAUCGAAUCGUAAUGGAUGCGUCUGUGGCUACCUGCUAAUAGCCAGGCCGCUGGAAUCGCCGUAGCGGUCUCUAAUAGCACUGCGACCGACGAGUUUACCCGGGAGCGCUCUGAAAUGUCAAGCGGAUUGCGGAGCCGUCCGGCGCGUGUUUAGCUGGUGUUCGGCAUUUGGUCAGCGCGCCCGGAACCUUAGAAGUUCUUCCCGUGCUUCUUUUCUUCCUCUGUUUCUGCCUUUGAAUACCUGCGAUUGAAAAAUCGUACAUGAGUUUUGUUAUAAUACAAUUGCUACUCUACAAUUUUGCGCAACCCCCAUCGCUUUUCUACUAUUUGAAAAUCGAUUGAUACGUUCAUCAGUCGAGAAGAUGGAUAAACCGAAGCUUGCUUUCGGGCUCAACCUGACGAAGAAGCCUGGAGCAUCUAAGCCGAUGCCUUCGAGAUCGAAACCCAUGUUUGAUAACCACGAAAAUGACUCUGACGAUGAAGGCGCCAAAGUAGAAGAAAUCGGCGGCGAUCUGGAAGAUUUUACAGCAACCGCCUCAGCAUCAGUAGAUUCAACGAGGGCACCCAGAUCGAAGAAAGGCCCUAUAGCUGAACCUCCAAAGCUUAAAUCGAAAAUGCAGACAAGUGCAAUGUUUGGAGAUCUGUCCAGCACACUCUCGUCUCGCAAGAACGCAGAGGCGGCCACCGAACUAGACGCCAGUGUCUACGAGUAUGACUCCAUAUACGACUCCAUGAAGCCAAAGAAGAAUCUUUCAAAAGAGGACGAGGAACGAAAGCCAAAAUACAUGAAGAAUCUGUUGCGAGCAGCGGAUGUGCGGAAACGAGAUCAGCUGAUUGCCGAAGAGAAGAAGAUUGCGAGGGAGCGUGAGGCUGAGGGAGAGGAGUUUGCCGAUAAGGAAAAGUUUGUGACUGAGGCGUACAAGAAACAACAGGAGGAAAACAGAAGGCUAGAAGAGGAAGAGCGCAAACGCGAGGAAGAGGAAGCCAAGAAGAACGAGGGCACUGGCAUGACGACCUUUUAUAGGAAACUGCUGGAUAAGGAGCAGGAGAGGCAUGCCGAGACGGUUCGAGCUGCGGAAGAAAUGGCCAAGAGGGGCCCUGGCGAGGAAAGCAAUGAGAAUGAAGGAGAGGCAGAUGUUGAUAAAGAGAAGGAAUUCGCCAAGGUGGCGCAGGAGCUUAAUGAAAAGGGAGCAUCCAUCUCCGUCAACGAAGACGGCCAAGUCGUCGACAAGCGACAGCUACUCAAGGGCGGCCUCAACGUCGGCGCGAAAAAGAAGGUAGAGGCGCAACGGGAAGCGGAUCGGCCAGUGGAAAGUGAGCGCAGAGAAGUCACGGGCCAGCAGCUCGGCCGGAAGCAGGCCAUGAGGGAACGACAGUCGCGGAUGCUCGCGGACCAGCUGGAAGCCUCGCUGAAGCGCUCGAGAGAGGCAACCGAAGCCAAGAAGGAAGAAGUGGAGAGGGCUGCGAAGACUCGCAAGACGGAGGGGGAGAUUUCGAGUGCCAAGGAGAGAUAUCUUGCGAGAAAGAGGGCGGCGGAAGAGGAGAAGAAGAAGGCUGCGGCGGAGUGAUGAUGAUGAUGAUAUAUAUAUAUAUAUAUAAUCAAAUAGAUACCCAGAUUCAAAUUAUC